CCCGCCCGGCUCCGGCCCCCGCCUCAGGCGCUGCCGCUGACGGGCGGGGAGGGCCGGGCCGGGCCGGGCGAACCGCGGCGGCGGGCGAGAGGCGGCCACUUAGCACCGCCCGCGCCCGCUGAGCGGUAGGAUGCUGCGCCGGGGCCCCGCGUACCCUCAUCGCCGCCUCCCGCCGCCCCGAGGCUGCAUGGCGGGGUCGGUACCCUGGGGCCGCUUCGGCCCGGCGCCGCCGCUGCUGCCGCUGCUGCUGUUGCUGCCGCUCGCCGCCGCCGCCCCGGCCCCGGAGGAGCCGUCGUGCCACGGUGCUUUCGACAUGUACUUCGUGCUGGACAAGUCUGGGAGUGUGGCACAGAACUGGCAUGAAAUAUUUGAUUUUGUGAAUCAGCUGACGGAGAGGUUUGUGAGCCCGAAGAUGAGAUUAUCCUUUAUUGUGUUUUCCACCCAGGCACACACCAUUAUGCCAUUAACUGGAGACAGAGAGAAAAUCAAGAAGGGUCUUAAGGAUUUGGAGGAGGUCAAACCAGCAGGUGACACAUACAUACACGAAGGAUUAAAACAGGCCAAUGUGCAGAUUGCGAAGCAAGGAGCCUCAAGGUUUUCUAGCAUCAUCAUUGCAUUGACAGAUGGCAAGCUGGAUGGUCGGAUUCCCUUGCAUGCAGAGAAAGAGGCAAGGAGAUCCAGAGAGCUGGGAGCUAGAGUUUACUGUGUUGGUGUCCUUGAUUUUGUACAAGAACAGCUUGAAAAAAUUGCUGACACAAAAGAGCAAGUCUUCCCUGUCACAGGAGGAUUCCAAGCACUUAAGGGGAUAAUCAAUUCUGUUUUGAAGCAAUCAUGCACUGAGAUUUUGUAUUUGGAGCCAUCCAGUGUCUGUGUGGGAGAGGAGUUUCAAGUUGUUCUUAGAGGAAAUGGCUUAACCCUUGGUGGGAGGACUGAUGGCAUUACUUGUACCUAUCAAGUGAACGGAACUACGAUUUAUGAAAAACCAAAAACAGUGGAAUCUGACUUUUUGCUCUGCCCUGCACCCAUCCUAUACAAAAGUGGCCAAACUCUGGAGGUUUUGGUGAGCUUGAACGAAGGGCAAUCUUUCAUGUCCAGCUCAUUAACAAUCACUGCUUCAGAGUGUUCCAGUGGAGUAGCAGCACUGGUUGCUGUUCUUGUGCUGUUACUGCUGGUGGCACUGGGCCUGCUCUGGUGGUUCUGGCCCCUCUGCUGCAAAGUGGUCAUCAAGGAUCCCCCUCCACCUCCACCAGCUCCAAAAGAGGAGGAAGAACAAGAGCCGUUGCCCUCCAAGAAGUGGCCCACAGUGGAUGCUUCCUACUACGGUGGACGAGGAGUUGGAGGAAUUAAAAGGAUGGAGGUGCGCUGGGGUGAUAAAGGAUCCACUGAGGAGGGGGCUAGAUUAGAAAAAGCAAAAAAUGCUGUGGUGAAACUCCCAGAAGAAUCAGAAGAACCUUUUCAUCCUAAACCACCCAAACCAAAGCCUACCUCACCAGCCAUUCAGGAGAAGUGGUACACGCCAAUUAAGGGCCGGCUGGACGCGCUGUGGGCGCUGCUGCGCAGGCAGUAUGACAGAGUCUCGCUGAUGCGGCCGCAGCAAGGAGAUGAGGGCCGAUGUAUCAACUUCACCCGAGUUCCGUCUCAGUAGAGGAGGAGAAGAGGAUCCCAGGAGGACAGACAGCCACAUUGCCACUUCUCAUCCGAGCAGAGCAACCCAGCAUGCCUGUGCAUUCCUUGGACCAUGCUCCAGCCCGACCCCAGAAGGUUUCUGCGUUGCCGCUCCCAGGAGCCAGUGUGGCCGCACCGGGCACCGCGUCCCACCCAGUGCACCAAUACUCUGUGAUCCCAGCAGUACCAAGAAGAGAAGCACCAACCCAGCCGGUGCUCUCGGGGAGCACAUGAGGCAGGGCAGACACCACAGCUGAGCACUUUCUGGUUUGGUUACUUUAUGCUUUCCUCAGGACUCCGCACUCUCUGGAUGCAGUGCGCUGCCGGCGGAGGCUGCGGUUUCUGGGCACGUGCUGCUUACCCAGAGGCAUGGAGAACAAUCCCCAGCAGGCUCCACGAGUGCCAGCCCAGUGCCUUAAAGCCGUGUCACAUCACCAGCCCCUGCACUGUGCCUUACGGGAACCUUCUGACUGGAGAUCUUGUCACUCCAACACUGAGAAGUGCACACGCAUGAUAAAAUGUAGACAGGGUGCCUCAAGGUAUUGGUAGGAGCGAGGCUCUGCCCUUUAGUUUCUGAAGACACCUUUCCUUCGUUAUGCACCCGGGACAGGAAGAGAAUUAACAGAGCGUUAUUGCACGGGAAGACAGCCUGCAACCAGAGAUCCUGAGUGGAGUUUGAGGGACUGAUGCUUCAAGACCUUGACACUGCGGCUGGUGGUUUUUUCCCCUUUCCUGCAUUCGGAGCUCAGUAGCGCAGAAAACAUCAGCAUCUAUAAACAUACCUAACAGUCCUCGACUUCUCUGUGCCUUUAUUUGCUUUCAGAUCAAAAAAGCAGUCACCACUAAGCUGGUAUCUCAGGGUUGGUUUUUUUUCUCCCCUCUCCCCCCCGAAUCUCCAAGGGCUCUUUCGGCGUCACAAGCCAGCAACUCUCUUUGCAUGAGAAUUUCAAAGUUUAAUUAAUAUAAUUAAAGGCAACAGCAAGCAGCAGCCUGUGAAGAUUUUGCUCAUCUUUUUUAUGCCUUUUGACAUUGAAUGACCUAUUACUGUACGUACGGCGCUCGCUUCGAGGGGCACCGUGCGCCGGGCGAGACCCAGCAGCAGAGAAAGAGCUGCCAUCAAAUUAGGGAUUGAGCGCACGGGAGCCCGGCCAGCGCCAAGCAUCGACGGUGUUUGCAUUAUCAUUUUUUAGAAGAACCAGUGUCGUGUCACGUCGACGAUGCCAAAUUAUGUUAGCGUGAGCGGAAACACUGUGGGGGAGGAAGGAGGGAGCAGCUGAAGAAAAAGGCUCAAAUGAUCCAGUCACUUUGGAUACUGUACUUCAGGCGCAGAAUGGAUAUUCGAGGCGAAAUCUGACAAAGCGCGCCCGCUUUGAUGGGAACCGGUAUAGACAAUGACCAGUGGCUGGGUCAGUGGGAUGUCUCUCUGCGAGCAGGGAGGCUUAUCAAAUGACACUAAAAAUAAGUUCAGCAACCAUCACGUCGGAGGGGAAAAGGCGAACAUUUCACAUUUGGUGGGCACCAAUGUGCGCAAGAUGGAAAGAGCAACGCGAAGCAUCCUGGUCUAAUUAUCUCCUUUGUGCUCUUCACUGAAAUUGCAAGGGACGUAAAUAAUUCUCUUGGUCGAUGUCCAAACGUGUGGCACUGCCCAAAGAAGCCUUUACAUAUAUCCACUCGCUUACAUCUUUCGCUUGAGUUUAUUUAUGCCACUGGUAGCCUCAUCACCCACAGCCAUGUGUGCACAGUAGACUAUAAAUAAAAUUAUUAUCUGAGUUUCA